AUGACGGUGACGGCCGCAGCAUGGAUGAUAUUAGCAAUGGUAACGAUGGGGUCGUCGGCGGAGGGCCAGAUCGUGAAGACGACGGACGUGACGGUAACCAACUGGCUGUCGAAGGGACAGGACCUGACGAUGCACUGCAAGUCCAAAGAGGACGACUUGGGCGAACGAGUGCUGCACAAGCUGGGAACUUUCAGCUGGCAUUUCAUCCCGAAUUUCUUCGGCAGGACGCUCUUCUUCUGCUCCUUCUCGUGGGAUGGCAGCGGCGGCAACCGCUACUUCGACAUCUACGUUGAGAAGAGGGAUAAGGAUCGGUGCACCGACUGCAAGUGGAUCGUCAGCGAGGCUGGGCCGUGCUGGUACAAUGCCACCAGUGCGGCUUAUGACGUCUGUUACGGUUAUAAGAGCAGCUUGCUUUGA